CAGCUCGGCCGCUCGGGUUCUGCUGCGCAUGUUCGGCACCCACUGCCAGGCAGGGACGCGCGCACCUGGAGCACCUGCUGCUCGGCCCUGCAUCCUCGCCUGGGCAUCCCGCGCCCGGCCAUGACGGCGCACUCUUUCGCGCUCCCGGUCAUCGUCUUCACCACGUUCUGGGGCCUCAUCGGCAUCGCCGGGCCCUGGUUCGUGCCGAAGGGACCCAACCGCGGAGUGAUCAUCACCAUGCUGGUAGCCACUGCUGUCUGCUGUUACCUCUUCUGGCUCAUCGCCAUCCUGGCCCAGCUGAACCCACUGUUCGGGCCCCAGCUGAAGAACGAGACCAUCUGGUACGUGCGCUUCCUGUGGGAGUGACCACCCACUGCCCUGGCCCCAGGUGUUCCAGCUCUCAGGAUGAACCUGACUCAACUGUCCUCAGCAACCCCUUCAUCCCCCCCACAGUUGUCCUGGUCCCUCUGAGCUCCCCACUGCUGGCACUCCAGGACCCACACCCCCAGGGCCUGCCUAGUUCUAGGAAGUGUGUCUUCCCAGGCAGCAGGCCCUUGGGGAAAGCCCUGCCCUUCAGAGUCAGGCUGGAGCAGGGGCACCCCGUGGCUCUGAAGUUUUCUCUCCCUCCUAAGUAGAUCUCAGCUGAGGAGCUGAUACAGGGGCAGAAGCAGGACAGCCCAGUCCAGCGAAGGACAUGGGUCCUUGUGGAGAAGGGGCAUCCAGCCCAGGAUGUUCCAAGCCCAGGUGGGGUGUCGGGGCCGAGUUAGCCGCUCUGCCACCAUCCUGCUGGGAAAGGGAGGCCCUGUCGGGUUAUGUCACAGGCCUUGUCCAGCUCUGGCAUGGAAGUAUUCUUUAAUUUUCUGACAUAUCUAGAUGUGAAAGUCCUGAAAAUGUUGAAGUAAUACAGAAACAUUGACACAAGAAAAGCAACAGUAAUUUGAGUCAAGAUUGAAACCUAGACGUUUGGUAUCCUUUGUAGUUAUCAAGUCGUUUAAAUUGGCUUGCUCGGAAAGUUGUGCCUCCUCAGAAUAUUCUGUUCACCUUCUUCCCCCACUGGGGCUUCCCCCUCUGUAGAUAGCUCAGCCCCCUUCCCCCCAGAGCCUGUCAGUCUAAGCACAGGGCCCCUGCCUGGGCUCUGCUCCACUGGGCUACAGUGGGGCAUACGUCCAAGCCUCUCGCAGCAGCAGCAGCAGCCAAGGGAUGAGUUGGGGGUGAGGAGCGGCAGGUGAAGGUGUGGUGUGAGGGGCACCGCUGGCGCCAGGCCCUCUGGCUCCUGAGGCCAGCAUCAGCCCCCUGCUCCCCGAGUGUGCUUGGGUCUGUGCUGGGGGUGGCAAGGGAUGGAGGACCAGCAGCCUGAAGCAGAAUGUUCACUGGUGUGAAGCGAAACACACAGGGUCAGACCAGAGGGGACCUGGGCACCCUCCAGCCCCGCCCAGCUGCCGGCACUCAUUAGGGCAGAGCUCACCCACCUGGUCUGGUUCCCGAGGAGAUUCGUCCACGGGCCUCUGCGGGGAAGAUAAGCCAGCCUCGCUUACUUAUUGACUAUUUAUUUGGCAUUUCUUCCCCUUUCGUGGGCAUCACUUUUGGAAGGGCAGUGCGACAGGAUGCAUCUCACCCAGACUUCCUUGUUCUGGGCUCGCCAGUGAGCUCAGCUUGGGGCCUCCCAUGGACAUCCCCCCUCCAAGCUCCUCUCCUGACCUCACUGCCAUUCCUGUGGGGUGGAGGGUGUCGGGUGUGACUUGUGCUGAAAACCUGCUUCGUGUCUAAUAAAUUGUGGUGAUGGGAGAUGA